AUGUCCACAGCCGAGGAGUCGGGGCCGCUGUCGGGUAAGGUUGCGCUGGUCACGGGCGGUUCCCGGGGCAUAGGGAAGGCGGUGGCGCUGGAGCUGGCGGGCCGGGGCGCGGACAUCGCCUUCAACUAUUUCCGCAGCCACGAGGCCGCCGCGGCGACGGAGCAGGAGAUACGCGCCCUGGGCGUCGAAUGCCUUCGUGUGAGGGCACACCUGGGCGACCCGGAGAAGAUUGGCGAGCUGUUCACGCGGGUCACGGAGUCGUUCGGGCGGCUCGACAUCCUGGUCAACAACGCCGCGUCGGGCGUUCAGCGCACGCUGGAGGAGCUGGAGGAGAAGCACUGGGACUGGACUAUGGCCGUCAACGCCAAGGCUCCGUGGCUGUGCGCCAAGGAGGCGGUGAAGCUCAUGGAGGGUGGCGGCCAUAUCGUCAACAUCACGAGCGAGGGCUCACGCACGGUGCUGCCGUACUACUUCUCUGUGGGCACGUCCAAGGCCGCUCUGGAGGCGGUCACGCGCUAUAUGGCUGUCGAGCUUGCGCCCAGGGGUAUCGUGGUCAAUGCGGUUUCGGGGGGGUAUGUGGAGACCGACGCGCUGGCGCAUUUCCCCAACCGCGACGAGAUGCUGGAGUCAGGCCGGCGGAGUCCAGCAGGCAGGUUGGUGACGUCGGCGGACAUCGCCCGCGUGGUCGCGUUCCUGUGUACCGACGACGCCUCGAUGAUCCGCGGGCAGGUCGUCGUCGUCGACGGCGGGGCGACGCUGGGCCCUCCCGGGUAG